CGGUACGCGAGACUCCCUGCUCCCCCAGUACCCCCACCCAACCCGUUGCCUCCCCUCCUUAACAGGGCGCUAUUUACCCUCGCAGUUCCGGCGACGGCCGAGCGUGGCGCUGUUCGUUCUUGCGUCGCAUCUUGUUCGGUGUGUUGUGUCGACGUGCACGGCGUCGGACUCACGCUAGCGCGCACAGUCCCACGCGGAUCUUCGCGCGCGCCUGCUGCUGCGAGUGUCAUCGCGAAUCGCGGUGUUUAUCCGAUUUCGCGAUGUCUUUCUUCCGCCGCCAACUACGACGUCGACAUCGACAUCGACAACAAAAUACCGAUGUCGCAGCCACGUUCCCGAUAUCACGCGUACGAUCGUCGUACGACGCGCGGUCACGCAACGCCGUAAUCCUCGGAGAUGAUGCCACCGCUGUCGCAGCGCGUGUGUCAACGAAUCUCGCCGUCAAGAGGAAAAGGAAAAAAGACGAGACGGGAGAGCACGACGAACGAAGAGAGAGAAAACAACAUACUCGCGGCCAUUUUAACUGCGCCGUACGCUAACCCGGGCCACCCAGUGUGUAGUAUACGAGAGCCAGAGAACCGCCGCCACCGCCGCCGCUCUCUCCUUAGGCUUAAACUGCGUCUCUCGCGUGUGCGCUUUGCUUCUGCGCACGCGAGUCAGUACAUGUUUUCUCACACAUACACGGACGACAGCUUCGCGACGCUCGUGCGUUACGCGCACUUUCUCGUACACGAUCGAGUUGUUUGUCGCGUUCGGGACGUCUUUCGUCACGAUCCAGAGCCGAGUCGCAGAAAAUUGACAGUGACGGGGGACACGCACAGCGGACGAUCGUCGAUACAGUGACACACCAGCGAGAGGCGACACGCGAACGGAACGUGUCCGCUCGACCGGUAUGUUUGCUCGUUUCACGACCACGAGAGAAGUGCGCCAAUCGACGAAUCGGUGAGAAUGGACAGUAUUUCGUAUGGUCGUAUUGUAUCUCGCACCGACGUAUUGUGCGCGAUGAACAUGGAACGAACGCGAUAUCGCGGAAUCCCCCGUGGGAAUAAACGCGAGGACGAUAACAAAGGAAUGAUCAAUCGCAGUAUACGAGGAAAUUUGUUCAGCCGGUAACAACGGAUUUGACAGCGACCGGGGUUACCCUAUGAUAACCCGUGCGGAAGAAUCGGGACGCGAUGGAAUAAUUGGAAGUGCGCGAAGCCAUCGACGAAAGGAAUACGUGUCGAGGUGAAGGAUCGUCGUAAACAGACCGAUCGAGAGAUGACGAGAGAUGGAGCGAAAGUACGGGCAGCGUUCGUUACGGCGUGGCGGCCUCGUGAAUUCCUGCCGCGGGACGACAACAAUACAAAGGAGGAAAAGAACCAAAAACUCAGAGAAUCGGGAGGAUGCUGGUGGAAGUAUUUCGCACUGCCGCUAGCAAUGGAACGAAACUUAACGUGAACGAAGUGAUGCAUGUGGUGAGGCAGAUCGCCGACGAUACUGAUGCGCAAGUUGGGUUGGACCUGAUGGAACACAUACCGCACGUGGUGAUGAUUUGCCAUGAGACACCGCACCUAUUCGACAAUAUUUUUCACAAUCAUCUCCUCGACCUCAUUAUCAGAUACUUACAAGAUCAAGACAACCAGGUACGAAUGAUGGCUCAGACAGCAGUGUUGACGUUGACGAAGAAGGGACUCAUCGAUAACACCACGAUAGAGGGCAAGCUGUGUCCCGUUAUAGAAACCCUCUGUACGUCCGUCGAUUUCCUUAACUCUGGCAUCUCCCUCAUGUGCAAGAUGGCUCCACUCAUUGGCAAAGAACUGACAGAAAAGAUUUUUCUGGACAGAUACAUCGCCCUCUGCGAAGACAAGGAAUUCUAUACGAGGAAAUUCUGCGCAUCGCACCUUGGAGAACUUUGCGCCGCUGUUGGCAGGAAAACUCUUUUUCGGAAAUUGUUCCCAAUAUUCGUCGACCUGUGCAGCGAUAAAAUAUGGGGCGUCCGGAAAGCGUGUGUGGACGUUAUGAUGCCAGUUUCAUGCUGCAUGACCCUUCAACAUCGUCGAUUACUAUUGGCAGAGCUUCUAGCCACGCAUCUUAACGACGAGUCGAAAUGGGUGCGAAUGUCUGCUUUUCAAAUUUUAGGACCAUUCAUAUCCACGUUCGCGAAACAGUUCACCGAAGUAACUUAUAAUCAACACGGCGAGCUAGUGUUUACCAGCCAACAAGAUAAUUGUUUCAGUAUAAGGUACUCAUACGAGGGAAUAUUUCCUACCAAGUGCGCGAUACGAAGCCACACGCUCGAUAUGGAGGACCAUAAUUCUAAGGAUAACUUCAAUUCGUCUGUGAUAAUACAAAAACCAAUUUUCGAGGAGGACGACGAGGACGAGUCGCAGGAGGAUGAUAUCUCCACAAUGAGAGCUUAUAAGUCAAAGAUACAAAGGAAACAUCUAAAGAACGACCAAAUACUGGACGACACGGAAAACUUCAAUUCGUUUCUAUACUACUACAUAGAGCCAGAGCUUCCACUGGAGGACGACGAGCUAGUCGAAGCUGCCAAAAGAUCCGCAGCGCAGAACAAUGUAGACCGGAAGCCGUUGAUCAGCACUACAGCGUCCAGUAAAGCGUCGUCGUUAGACGCUAUGGUAAAAGAAGACAGAUACGCAGAAGACGAUAUUAAGAAUUUCAACGAUCAAGAGAUCGUUCCUCAGCAUUUGAUCGAUUCGUUCUUGUCGAUGGCUGAGCCAGAACAAUGUUCUGGAGACAUGAGCCCCGGAGAUAUUCCUCAUCAUUGUGCAUUUAGUUUUCCCGCUGUUGUACUCACGUUAGGAAAAGAAAAUUGGCCAUAUCUGAAGCAAGCCUAUCAAUCUUUGGCAAGCGCUAAUCAAUGGAAAGUGAGGCGCACGUUAGCCUCCAGUAUUCACGAAAUCGCCAUAAUUCUAGGAGAAGAACUCACUAUCGCUGAUCUUGUUCCAAUCUAUGAUGGAUUUAUCAAAGAUCUGGAUGAGGUCAGAAUAGGUAUACUCAAGCAUUUGGCGACGUUUUUGAAAAUACUCAAGCCUACCGUUCGGAUCCAGUAUUUACCAAGACUGAAGGAAUUUCUCACCACCGAUAACGAGUGGAACUGGAGAUUUCGGGAGGAAUUAGCCACUCAGUUGUCAGAUAUUGUUAAUCUGUUCGAUCCUAUAGACGUCGACCGGUUUAUCGUGUCCCUGGCCCUUGAUCUACUACGCGACAAAUACGCUGCUGUGAGAUACGUUGCUCUUUCUUUGAUGACACAAAUAGUAGCACAUCUUUCUGACAAUAAACGUCUUGUAAAAGCGCUGUUUCGGAAGCUCAAAUCUCUCGUUUACGCAAGAAAAUGGAUCAGAAGACAGACGUUUGCAUUCGUGUGCGCCAACCUGAUUUCGAAAAACGCCAUUAGCGGGGAUAGAUUUUCGCAAGAAAUGUUACCUACUUUGUUGGAAAUAUCUUCCGACAAAGUACCAAAUGUGAGACUAGUUGUGGCAAGGACUUUGUCAAAGAACGUUAUUCCUAUGGGAUCCGAAUGGUUGGGAGUGAAGCAGGCGGAAGAAGUAGAGAAUAGGCUGAGAGAAAUGAGAUCAGAUCCAGAUAGGGACGUUCGAGUUUUAGCCGGUGGUGAGGAGAACGCUGCAUUAGAUAUACUGUCGCAAACGAAAACUGAACAGUCGAGAAACAUAAUGUUUUAACGAACUCAGACUUCGUGAGAAUCAAGUUUUAAUUAUUUCCUGCCAUACGAAUCAAUUUUAUACCGGACUGCCAAGAAAGGAAAUGGGAUAAAAGAAAUUUCGUACGACUAUUCUUCCAUACGUGAAUUAUCUUUGUAAAUGUAAGAUGAAAAUUAAUUGGAUGGAAGAGAUAAGAAUUUCAUUAUACCGAUAGAGAAUACGAGACGCAAAAGUUUCUUUAAAGAAUAAGUUAGUGUAUCUAUGAUGUAAAAAUGAGCUCAAGUUUUAAACAAAAAAACAAGACAUGUACCAUUUAGUGCAGUCAACAUAGAAAAGAAGUGCAACUUAGCGUUGUCGUUACGACCAAGGGACCGAUAAUUUCCGCGCCCCUUUAGACUAAGACAGAUUAUAAGCAUCAAUGGUGAAAAGACAUUACGCAGUUAUAUAAGAGUGUGUGUGCAUGUUUAAGGAAGUGAACGUACAUUGCCGCUGAAUACUAGGACACUUGCUUAAUUAUAAUAAAUAUCUGUAAAAAGUUAUGAAAUCAUUACUGAAUUUUACUAAAUUUUAUGUAUUCUAUUUUGUACCGUAUUAGAGAAUAUAUUUUAACAAUUUAUUAAAUUUUUCAUCAAUCAUAAUAAAAAUAUGAUUAUGUUAUCUUUCCAUCUAUCCAUCGAGUGCUUUUGUAACUGCAUGUACAAGUCUUAGUAGCUUGGCUACUAAUAUCUUUUAUCGUUUCGGGCCUAAUAUUAUUCCAUUCCAUUUCGAAAUGUUCCCAUAAAUAUUCUUCCAAUUUGGGAUAUUUUAUUCAGAUUUUAUAUAAAUGAUCUCAUAAUUUUUCUAUGGGGGUUCAAAUCAGGAGACUGGUGGCCAUUCUAUUAUUUACAAAUUAGAACUUUCCUGUAAGUGAUUUUUACAUAUUUGAAAAAAAUGUAUACGAUCCUUAACAUGCACAAAUAUUCGGUAUCCGAAAGGCGCACUAAUGUGCAGUUUUUUUUUUUUUUAAUAUUAUUUUAAUUAAAUAUAAUUUGUUUUUAACGAAUCUCCUGUUAUUUCCUAUACGUAUAAUCUCGACAUUCGAAUUCAACCAUUUCAAUUGUAGACUCAUCAGAAUCAAUCUUGCAGUGUCAAUUUUUCUGGUACUUAGUUUAUACUAGUAGCGACUGGUAUCUCUUCUUUAUCAUUAAUGUUAGAAACACCAUCUCUAAAACUAUAACGGUUUAUCGCUAUGGAAUUGUUUCCCUAUCUGAAAAUGGAUACAAGUAGUUUAAGGUGCGUAUUUCAUGGCAGCGGCCACGACAGACAGAAUGCUGUUAAUUUCACCUGUAAUUCAUUCUUAUCAAGGUAUAUAUUCGUGAAGAAAUUAUUGUCACUACCAUAAAAGAGCGGGUUAUGUUUUAUCCUUAAUAAUAACUUUCACUGCCAAAAUCGCAAAUGCCGACCUCUAUAAGUCGCUUUUCGUACUAUCUGAGAUUGUUUCAUUCUUAAUUGUAUUUAUUUUCUCAAUCGUUUCGGAGGCUGUUACUUUUAUUUCUCUUAAGCUUUCAAUACAGCUUUGUAUAUAUGUUUUCUGGACCUCCCAGGUCUUUUUACAAACGAAUAAUUGUGUUCUACGCUGUUACCCGAAAUUUUAUCACGUUGGAUAGUGAUUCUAAAUAUUUGUAUAAUAUCUGAAGAAUUUUUUUCAUUAUAAAUAAAAGAAGAAAGUGUUAGAAACCGUCCACACGUAACAUAAUACAGCGUAGGCACACUGCAUAUACUUUUAAUUAUCUAAGUUCCUUAAAUAAUUAAAUUUUUCAAUUUCUAAUACUCUUAUAUAAAUAAUACCAUACCACGGGUUCAUUAAAAGUAAACAAAUGUUCUAAUACAUUCGCGCGGCAAUGUAUACGUGAUUUAGUACUCGCGUGUAUGUAUGCGAUUACCAUUGUGAUCAAUUUGUAUUUGUAAGCGGUCUCUUGGACAAAUCGAAUAUUAAUAAUUAGAGAUAUCGAAUAAAGGCGACAUCUCUUGUUCUUUAGUAAACAGUCAUAGCACGUUUUCUUCAGCCUCGCAAUCAUUGUUAUGGUCUUUGCUCCAAUAUUAAUUUUCGCUUAUCGAACUAAAAAUUAUUCCGAAAUAAUUCCUGCAAUCAGAGGAAUUUACUUUGUAAUUUUAUACUGGUUGGACGACUCAAGUUUUCGUGCUAUGAUUCAUAAAAUCUAAUCAUUAAUAAAUACUCUUACGUUGAAGAAAUGUAAUGUGAGAACUUCGUGACUGUCAAGAGCAAGAAGGAAAAGGAAAGAGAAGAAAUUUAUAUUGGAUUCUCUGAUCAUCGCGAAGUGGUAAAUGGUAUUGGAGUUCAUUCGAUUCAAAUUGUAUAUAUCAUUCAAUCGUCUCGUGAAGGUACGGUGUGUAACGAAAUAUGGAACGAGGUGUGCAAUGGAUCGUUUACGAAGCUAUUUAUGGUGAGGUUAUGUGGAGUAUUCUACGCUCUAUAUUCGCAAUCAAAGAUAGCUCUGCGAUCCUACAACAAAAUUAUUCUGAACAACAAUCUGCAAAUUUUAGUCUAUGAGAUCGCGAUAUGCGCCUCUUGACACGGUGGUGCCUGAUUAGACGUGAAAAACUGUGCUUACGACAGUCCCGUGUUGCGUCGAUUUCACGACUUCAUAACUUACCGAUGUGCUGCAACCGGGGCGUGACAGUUACUGUGAUCUUUGCCUACGCGUCAUCACGUAGGUGAAUGUAUAUCAUUUCAUUGUAGAUACGUAAAUAUUAUAAACACAGAUUUUUGUUAACCCGUUCCACCUCUCCGACAUAUAGUAAGGAUUUUUGUUAACCCGUUCCUUCUCUCCGACUUAAAUUAAGGGAUACGAUUUACACGUGAAAUGUUUCGAGAGCCUUACAUUUAGAAACUUUUUAGCGAUUUGUAUAUUAAAUACCACGAAAAAGAAAUCAUGUUUAUACGAUUUACACGAUAAUACUAGGUUAUAAGCAACAAAAUAUGAACGAGGAGAAAUGAGUGGCUGUUGAAUAAAGGAUAUGUACAAUAGAAGGUUUAACGAGUGUAAAAAGGAAAAUACAUAUGGACUGUAGACAAAGGAAUAUAAUGUGAUCCGAUGAAUUAUGUGAUUGUACAUUUACGAAACAACUGUUAUGGAAUGGUACCACAAGAUAUUUGUGAGUAACCCCAAUAUUUUAUCCACGGUCGCUAAUAUUUUGUGAUGUUUUUUAAAUUAAAGAAAAAAGCAAAAGUGAAAACAUAAUGAUCGAGAUACAAUAAAAAAAAAAGCGAACUUUGCUUAAGCAACGAAAACUCGUUACUUGUGAAUACGUAUGAAGAAAAGAAGUUUUGUUUAAGAUAUUCUAUAUAAUAUAUUGUGUAUUUGGUAAUGAAACGGAAAAAAUAUACAUCAUGUGAUUUGUUACACAACA